AUGGGUAAUCGAACAGGCACUUUUAAGUCGCCAUGCCCGUCGCCAGGAGUUGGGUUUGUCGAGUUGAAGCUUAUUGGCGAGUAUGGAUUAAGGAACAAGCGUGAAGUGUGGAGGGUCAAAUUCACCCUGGCUAAGAUCCGCAAAGCUGCCAGAGAGCUGCUCACUCUGGAUGAGAAGGAUCCUAAACGUCUCUUUGAAGGUAAUGCCUUGCUGAGACGCCUGGUCAGAAUUGGUGUGCUUGAUGAAGGAAAGAUGAAGCUGGAUUACAUCCUGGGUCUGAAAGUGGAAGACUUUUUGGAGAGGAGGCUGCAGACUCAAGUCUUCAAGCUUGGUCUUGCCAAAAGUAUCCACCAUGCCCGUGUCCUGAUUCGGCAAAGGCAUAUUCGACAAAAUGCCCAGAGCCAAUCUCUGAGAGGGCCUGAAGUGACUGACUGGCUGGUCAGUGUCCGUAAACAGGUGGUGAACAUUCCCUCCUUCGUGGUUCGCCUGGACAGUCAGAAGCACAUUGACUUCUCCCUCAGGUCACCGUACGGUGGUGGACGUCCAGGACGUGUCAAGCGAAAGAACGCCAAGAAGGGCCAGGGUGGAGCUGGAGGAGCUGAUGAUGAGGAGGAAGAUUAA